GUAACUGUUGUUAAGCUAAUAAUUUUUACAUUCGUUUUUGUAGAUUCCGUCCCCGAAACUGAUAGCAAUUUAAUGCCAAUGCUGGACUUUCGAUAUUGGACGUGCGUUAUGAAACGAGAAUGGACGUGUCCCGACAGUGAAAUCAAUUUUUAUUUAUUCACGCCGGAACGACCAUACAUGCAAUGGAUUGAUGUCCGACGAAAAAACAAGUUGGCUUCCUAUGGAUGGAAGCUUUCAAGGAAGAAUGUACUCAUCAUCCACGGCUUCAAUGGAACACAUUCCAAAACACCCAUGACGUUCCUUCGAGAUGCAUAUUUAUCUCGCAAAGAUUACAACGUGUUUAUGGUGGACUGGUCUGCUCUCACAAGAUUUCCUUGUUACUUGUCUGCGCUCUCUAAUACGAAGUUAGCAGCACAAUGUACAGCUCAACUUUAUUCCUAUUUAACGCAAGCUGGAGCCUUAGCUAAGAAGAUCACGUGCGUGGGACACUCGUUAGGUGCACAUGUUUGUGGAAUGAUUUCGAAUCAUCUAACAGAAAAGCAGUACAAAAUUAUCGGUUUAGACCCAGCGCGCCCUCUUGUGUCUAAUUACGGAUCGAGAUUAUUCCGCCUCGGCAGAGACGACGCAUAUGUUGUACAAGUGAUACAUACAAAUGCUGGUUUUCUUGGCGAAAGUGGUCAAGUGGGGCACGCAGACUUCUGUGUCAACGGCGGAAGACUACAGCCUGGUUGCAAAGGACACUUUAUGAGAAUUGCGCGAUGCAGUCAUUUUAUGAGUUCCUGUUAUUUUGCUGCCAGCGUGCGUCGGCGCAUACGUAUGGUGGGUGUGCCAUGCGACUCGACAUGCCCAAAACAAGAGCGAUGGGGUUUGCGCACAGAUCGCAAGUUAGUGAGGAUUGGAGACGAAAUACCCGACUCAUCGCGUGGAAUGUACUGCGUACAGCUGGACCAUGAUGAAAGUUGUCCAUUUGAUUGAUAUCUGCA